AUGUCGUCUAACCGCCCGCCGACUGUCGAAAGACUUCUGACGGCUUUUGAUUGCAUGCUGGUCGAUGGUUUCGCGAUACAAGACAAAACUCUGCUAGAAAAACUUUUGACAAGUCUGCAGAACGCGGAUGCUCUUUUGAGUACUGUACCAAUCAACGUUCACUGCAAAUGGUUUGCCAGCGUUUUGGACAUGUAUCGAAAUCAAACUCCAGUGUCUAGAAAUGCUUGUAUACAUCUGUACGCUUUUGCCCUCAAGUACUUGGCCAUAUUGGUAAAAAGUGACGAUGGCCUGGCCGCACUCAUUGAGACACGCACUCUCCAAUCAAUGAUUAAUCAGCUAGACGUUGGGUCUGAUCUCAAAGAAUCUUCAAUUUUUAACGCCUACAUGUCGUUGUUGCAGACAUUGAAUACUCAUAAACGGGGUCUGGAGUAUGUUUUCCAAGAAGGUUUAUGGAAAAUUAUACUUUUUGCUAUUCAUGGAUUAACUGUACCAGCAAAAUAUGUUGAAAUUCAAGCUAGUCAAUAUAUUGCCGACUUAAUUUAUAAGUCAUUUGACUAUGAAAUGGUGCAUAAUUGUGAACCUCUCCUUAAAGAACUAUUUUAUAAUUUAAAUUCAAUUGAUAAUCUAAUUGCCAAUCAUCAAGACGUAAAAGAAUUUUUCGCCUAUAAUGUUUAUGUAAAAACAUUAAUUUUAUCUUUGGAAAAAUUCAUUGGAACCAAGUAUGAAUCUGUUAUUGUCCAUAAAAUAAUUAAUAAAUAUUCUUUAUCAGAUGUAUUAAUGAAUAUUCAAAAACUAUUAAAUGUAAAUCCUAUCUUAUUAAAAAACUAUAUGACGUUACAUUUGAUAUUUGAUUGUUUUACUGUUUGGCAUAAUUCUGACAUGGAACAUGUUUUAAAAUCAAUUUUUUCUCAUAUGAAUAUGCCAAAAAACAUUCAAUCAUAUAAACAAAUUAACAACUUAUAUACACAAGCAAUUAGAUAUGCGAACACCAGUAAUGCACAAUUAGCAGCUAACACAGUAUUUGAAAAGGAAUUAAUUAUUGGUCAGUUGAUACCUUUAAAUAAAUGUUCAGACUGGCUUCAAUGUUCUAAAUCUGAAAAAUCAAAAUAUGAUAGAAGUUGUAUUAUUGAAUCAAACUACAUUUUAAAUUAUUGCAAUAAUUAUGAUUCUAUGAUGAAUGAAGUAGCCAUUUCUUCUAUACUCAACAUUGUGGACAUUGUUCCUAUACUGAAACAAAUGCGUUCUAGAAGAGAUUUGUCGUCACUGAUCACAUCAAGUUCUGAAGCUGAUCCAGAAUUUUUUCGUACUGUGCUUUGGAGCGACGAAGCUAUUUUUAAACUAAAUGGGCGUAUAAACCCACAUAAUUGCGUUUACUGGGCGUUUGAGAACCCGAAUUUAGUUCUACAACAAGAACUAAAUGUCCCGGGAAUCAUGGUUUGGGCUGGAAUUUGCGCCCACAUGAUCGUUGGGCCGUAUUUUUUUGAAAACGAAAAAGUAAAUGGUACGACGAACUUAGACAUGCUGCAAAAUCUUAAAAUUGAACUUGCAGAAAAUCCAGUGUUUGCCGGUCAUCAAAUGACAUUGCAACAGGAUGGCGCACCUGCGCAUUUCUCAGUCCAAGUACGAACGUUUCUCAAUGAAAACUUUCCGGGAUGGAUCGGACGCCGCGGAAUAGUUGACUGGCCACCACGGUCGCCGGACCUUACACCCUGUGAUUUUACCUUAUGGGGCAUACUGAAGGACAGAGUAUUCGCCCGUCGGCCAUGUUCCAUCAAAAUUUUGAAAGCAGUCAUCACGGAAGAACUUGAUGUGUCAUUGGAUUACUUAGCCAAUUUUUUUUCAACAUUAACAGAACAUUUUUUGAAUUCUGACAAUUGGUUAGAACAGUGUCAAGAUCGAGAUUCAAUUUAUAACAAAUUUUUAGAAAUAUUGUCAUACAUUUUUAUAUGUUGGGCAAAAGUAUUAGAAUGUAAAUUAUUAACUGAUAUUGCACAUGAUCCAUUGUUAGUGCCACUUGUACAGAGACAUAGUCAGUUUUUUCAUAAAUCUUCCCACAAUUCUACACUCUUACAGAAUGGUUUGAAAUUAAUUAGUACUGCAUUAAAUAAAAUGAACAAAGAAAGUGUACAAUAUACUGAUAAUUUGGAAGAUUUUGGAACACUGUGUACUACGCUUAAUAAUUUACUAUUGGAUACCAGACCUGAAAUUCGAGAUAGUUCUUUACAGUGUAUAAGAAGCAUAGUAAAUGCUUCUAAAUGCAGUUAUGGGAAUUUUUUUAUCAAACUCAUCUUGGAAAAACAUUUGUCAAUAGCUGUUUUAAAUACUCUUAAACAUGACAAUGAUCCAUUUGUGAGAUCUAAAGCUCUUGAAUGUUUAGAAGAAAUGGUAUCUGUGUUAGAUAUUUGGGAAACAUCUUUAAAAAAAUCAGAUUUAAUUACACAUUGUUUAAACUUAAUGCAAUAUGAAUCUGAAGGUAUCAUUAGAAGACAAAUUAUAAAACUCAUCACUGCAUUGUCGAUUUAUAAUGAGCUCAGUGAUAAUCUAUUUAAUGAAAUAUGCAUCGUAAUGGUACACAUUAGCAUCAAAGAUCCGCUUUGGGAAGUAAAAACAUUUACUUAUGAAUUUUGGAGUUCUGUUAUUCAUAAAUUUAUUGGAAAAUCUAGUAAACAAAAUAACACUGAAAGAUUAAAUGACAAUCUUGUCAAACUAAGUGCAACAGGCUGCUUACAUGUUCUUUAUGUUGCAUUAAAAGAAGAACAUGAUUUGGUUGUACAAAAAAAAGCCAUUUGUUUAACAAAAGAACUGCUUGUUUCUAUAAGCUCUACUGAUGAUAAUAUGCAAGACUUUAAUUUUAAACUAAAAAGUGAACCAGUAAAUAGAUUACACAAUAUUAUUGAUGGGAGCAUUGAAAAUUGUUCUGGUUCCAUCCUAAAAAAAUCCAGACAAAUUGACUCAGCCGAUAGGAUUUUAAACUCUAUUACAACAUCGAGUGACUGUGAAUUAUUGCCAAGUCUCAAGUCUUUCAACAAUAGUAAUAUUUAUCCAAAUGAUAUUUGUCUUCGUCAGAAAACUGAUGUCUAUUUGAAGAUAAAUGAUUUUUUAAAUUUUACUUCUACUUAUGAUUUUAAUGACUGUGAUGCUAAAACACAAUGGGUUAUAUCUACGAGGUCUGGUUUGGAUUCAAUGUUGGAUGACAUAAUUGGUCAAUCACAAAAUUGCUUCAUUGAAGGAGCUGAUCUUUUAGAUUGUCAUUAA